CCGGAAGUUAGGUGGAAGUGACUUCCCUUGGUCUUCUGUUUGCAUUUAUAUGAUGCAGACGACAGAACUGACGAUUUGAGGCGAUAAAUGCCGAAUAAUGUCGCAGUCAAUAGACAACAUCAGCUCUUCUCCAGAUAACAGUGUGAAAGACCUUUGGAAUGCAUGCUUUGAAGCGAAGAAUAAUGCGUACUGUCCUUACAGCAACUUUCCUGUUGGUGCUGCACUUUUGACAAGUAAAGGCACAAUCUUUAAAGGCUGCAAUGUCGAGAACGUUGUCAAUUCAGUGUCUAUCUGUGCUGAAAGAACAGCUAUAGCAAAAGCUGUGUCAGAAGGAGAGCGGGAGUUUAAAGCAAUAGCCGUUGCAAGUAAUGUGAAAGAUGGAUUCACCAGUCCAUGUGGAUCGUGUCGGCAGGUGAUGGCAGAGUUCAGCAUGGACAUGAAGGUCUACAUGAUAAAGACUGAUGGAAGCUUCCUAAUGAAACCGCUUUCAGAUCUGUUACCGCUGCCUUUUACUUCAACUGAUCUGAAAAAAGAGAAAUAAGGUCCACAGUCAUAAAGACUGAAAACCACCUGCAUUUAGAUUUGCUGACAUGUGGCAUUGAUAAGAAACUGUAAAUUGAUGGGAGGGGAAAAACUUUUCAGACCAAGCACUUAAAAAUUUUUCUGCUUAAUUUUAAUGAGUGAUGAGAUGAACUGCUCAAUUUGAGCAUUGUAUAAACACCAGAAGUUUUUAACAUUGCAUAUUUCAUACCAAUGUGCAUAUAUCAUGUGAUUUUCAGGUGAAGAAUGGAAUGUACUACAAUAAGACAAAUCUGACAAAACUUUAUUUACGAGGUUGACAGAAUAAGCAAAUGCUAUGCCUUUUUACAUUUAGGCAAUUAAAAAAAUAAGGUGGAAAAUUAAAGUAUGUACAAAGACUGUGUAAUGGGCAUAUUUCUUCCACUGGAGAAUAGUUAUAGCAAGACUAGAAUUUAUGCUUUUAAUUUUUGAAUUUUAUUUUUCCUCUGUAUUCACUUGGAAAUGUCUCAAGGCAGAGGGAUAUGCUGCUUUUCUAGUGUUAACUUCUUUGCACACUUUAUUCACUUUGUGGAUAUGGUAGGAUUGUGAAAAUGUUUGCCUUUUGUUGCUUUCAUGUAAAAAAUGUGCAUAUUUAAGCAUUUCUGUUCCUUAAUAUAAUAUUAUUCUUUAGUUUAUUAUUUCUCAUUUAUUCCUUACAUAUUUGAAAAUUACUCACUGCAGCAAUUGUAGACUCAGUCCUUAAAAAAAGUCCUCCUUGUCUGUUUUAAUUAAGUUUUAAUGGGAAGGGGACAUUUUUCUCCUGGGGAGCCAGAUUCAUACCUAUACCUAUGGAAUGCCUAUUUUUCAAACAGGUAUCGCAGCUCUUUUGCUUACACGGCUGCAGAAAGGGCAUGCUGACAUCAAAAUUAGUUAUUAGUAAUAAAAAUAAUAAAGAACGUGGGUAGCUUAAAAGUUGAGAGAGCGUGUGAUUACAUACGGUAAGAUUGUAAGUUGGUAUUAAUCUUUAUUGUACAAGUGAUCGGUUAUGUAUUAAUAAAGCGGUCUUAUGGGACAUACAAAUUUUAAAA